AGUACAUCAUGACCAUUUCUGUCGAGCUGGAGAUGAAGCCGCCUCCUGAACAUGCAGCUGAAGGAAGCCGAAGAGCCAGUAGACUGAGGCAGCACCUGGCCGCCAUUGCUAUGAGCAUCGGGGCGCUGGGCACGGGCACGACACUGGGCUGGACCAGCGUGGCCAUCCCGGAGCUGCAGUGCGGCUAUGCGUCUGCGGCCGGAGCGCAGUGCUACCAGUCGUGGCAGCUGUCCUGGGUCUCGGGCUGCAUGUCGCUGGGGGCGCUGGCGUUCUCGCUGCCUGUGGGGCGGCUGGCCGACGUGCUGGGCCGCAAGCGGGCCGGGCUCUGCCUGGGCCCCCUCUUCCUGGCCGGCUGGGCCUUCCUCAUCUGGGGAGACUCGCUGGCAUUGCUGUGCGUGGGCCGCCUGCUGACCGGAGCUGCGGGCGGAGCCUUCAACGUGCUGGCGCCGGUGUACAUCGCCGAGGUGGCCCAGAAGGAAGUCCGGGGAGCACUGUGCGGCUACUUCCAGCUGCUGCUCACCGUCGGCACCCUCUACGUCUACGUGCUGGGUGCGGUGACCGGCCUGUUCUGGACCUCCGUGGGCUGCGCCGUGGUGCCCGCGGUCUUCCUGGUGGCACUCUCGCUGGUGCCCGAGACUCCCCCCUACCUGCUGCAGGGUGGCCAGGAGGACGAGGCCCGGGCGACCCUCCGCUGGCUGAGGGGACCGCGCUGGGACGUGGAGGCGGAGCUGGCCGAGGCGAGGGCGGCUCUGGAGGAGGACUCCGGGAACGGGAGGUCCGGGUCCCUCCGGGAGGGGCUGAGCACCCCUGCUGCCGGUCGGGGAAUCGUCGCGGGGCUGGGGCUCGUCACGUGCUUCCAGCUCUGUGGCAUCAAUGCUGUGCUUUUCUACGCGUCCGAUAUCUUCCUGAGGGCGUCGGGCGGAGCCCUGGAGGCAGAUACGUCUGCCGUGGUGGUGGGCGCCAUGCAGGUGGUGGCGACGCUGGUGGCGUCACUGGUGGUGGACCGCACGGGGCGCAGGCCGCUGCUCGUGGCGUCCGCCGCAGUGGUGGGGCUGUGCGCUCUGCUCCUGGGAGCCUACUUCCAGCUGGACUCCAGUGGCGAGGCCGAGGGCCUGGACUGGCUGCCCCUCGCCAGCCUCUGCCUGUUCGUGGUGGCCUUCUCGCUGGGGCUGGGGCCCGUCACCUGGGUGCUGCUCGGAGAGCUGUACGCCCCCGAGGUGCGCGCCUUUGCGGGCUCCCUCUGCUGCCUCGUCAGCUGGACCUUCUCCUUCCUGGUCACCACCUUCUUCAGCGAGCUCAGCUCCGCCGUCGGCGUCCAGGGAACCUUCUGGAUCUUCGGCUCCGUGGCAGUCGCCGGCGCCCUGUUCGUGUUCUUCGUGGUUCCCGAGACGAAGGACCGGUCGCUGGAGGAGGUGCAGAGGCAGCUGUCUGGCGGGGCCCGAGUAUGGAGUUUGUCCUGCACCUGCAGAUGA